UUGAGAAACUCUUCUCAUGCCUCAUAUGAGGCCAAAUUUCCGGUGAUUUUACCAAAAACCCACUACUACACCGAAUUACUCGUUUUAUGGUAUCACCAACGGUUUGCGCACGGCAAUAGUCAAACUGUACUCAACGAAGUUCGCCAAAAGUACCAUAUCCCAAGUCUCCGAGUCAUCGUUCGAAAAAUUGCAAAACGAUGUUCGUGGUGUGCCGUUUACAAGGCUAGCCCAAGAUUUCCUAAGAUGGCACCUUUACCUGAGGCUCGCAUAACCCCCUAUGUUCGUGCAUUUACGUUCAUAGGUAUCGAUUACUGCGGACCCUUCUUGCUGCGUGUUCGAAGGUAUGAAGUGAAAAAGUGGGUAAUGUUAGUCACAUGUCUCACUAUCCGAGCCGUGCACCUAGAGGUAGUAGGAAGUCUAUCCACUGAAGCAUGUAAAAUGGCUAUACGGAGGUUCAUAGCGAGAAGAGGAGCACCGCAGGAAAUAUAUAGCGACCAGGGGACCAACUUCAUCGGAGCAAGCAGAGAGCUGAAAGAAGAGAUAGCGAGCAUCAACAAGGAUUUAUCCGGAACAUUCACUAAUGCCGAUACACAAUGGCGCUUCAACCCACCAGCUACGCCUCACAUGGGAGGGGCCUGGGAGCGCCUUGUGAGGUCGGUGAAGGCUGGAUUGAAAACUAUUUCAUCGGAAAGAAGACCAGACGAAGAAACCUUCUAUACCUAUUUAACGGAAGUGGAGUCCAUUAUCAAUUCCCGCCCGUUAACACAUGUACCACUGGAAUGCGAAGCUGAUGAGGCCAUUACACCUAACCACUUCUUGUUAUUAAGUUCCAGCGGCGUAGUACAGCCAGCACAGAUGUUAUUGGACGAGCGCAAAGCAUUAAGGACCAAUUGGAACCAUAUUAGACAUCUGUUGGAUCUAUUUUGGUCCAAAUGGAUUAAGGAGUAUCUGCCUCUAGUUAAUUGUAGGUCCAAGUGGUUGUCGGAAUCUAAGCCACUGCAAGUUGGCGAUUUAGUGAUGCUAGUGGACGCUGGUUUACGAAACAACUGGAAGCGUGGCAGGAUUGUGAAGGUAUACGGAGGAAAGGAUGGAACAAUACGGCGAGCAGAUGUUCAGACUACCAACGGGACGAUGCAGAGAUCAGUAACAGGCUUAGUCGUGCUUGAGGUGAUGAAGCACAGUAUGGCUGAUCAGGGUGGUCAGCAAUACGGGUCGGGGAAUGUUGAAGAUCGGAAUCACCUUGGCAACACUGAUACCUAGCCAGGCUGAGCUCAACAUCACCACCAGGGUAGAAGCGUCAAGAUGACGGUUGACAAUUGACAUUGACAUGCGUGACACAGAAAUAGACUUAAGGGAAAUGAGACGAAAACAAUAAUAAAUUAUAAAAAAGAACAUUGGAUUAGUAAGACACGUGAAGAAUAAAAUUAAAUACAGUGAAUUAUUUGGAUUACACAAUUUAUUAAAUAACACAAUCAUACGUUGACACAUACGACGAUUGUUAGUGUAACGAAACAUUACCAGAUUGACACGGACAAGUUUAUAAAUAAAAGGACUUAGAAUUCUUAAAGCAUACUCCAGCACAUAAACCGAGUUGCUAGAUAGAGCGUCCGAAAGCCCGUGUCGAUAACUGGCCACAACAAU